AUGAAACGGGAGCGGAGCCGGAAGUGUGCCUAUCAAAAAUAUCAUGGUCACACCAUGGAACAAUACAAAUGUCUCCACUACUUAGUGAAGAGACUAAUCAGGGUUGGGCACGUCAAACAAUACGUUCGCACAACUGGAGAACAAAGGAAAACAACUCGAGAUUUGGCCAGCCAAGUCCCUACGACUUCAGUAGCCCCUAGGGUUGUCAUCAACUACAUUCAUGGGGGCCUCGUUGAUGAGAAAUACAACUCUAAAAGAAAAAAGGCAAAGGUUGCUUUGCACGGCCUCCCUGAGGGAACAAAUCAGCUUCAUCCAACACAAUUUGUCAGAUGGGGUGCCUGCCCAAUGGACGGCACAAUCACCUUCCUGCCAAUAAACGCCAAUCAGGUCCUACAACCUCACAAAGACGCCCUGAUCUUGACACUAAGGAUAAACCGGUUUGAUGUUAGAAGAGUUUUGAUCGAUCCGGGUAGCGCAGAUGUCAACCUACAGAUAAAUGGGACUUCUACAAUAUUCCCUAGAAAACCCAAGACGGAUACUGUUUAG